GUGUUUGGGUGCAUGAGCAGACUAGCACAACAAUUGAAGAUAAUCUUCAAUCAACACCAGAGCAGAUGUCUUCAGACUCUCCUCGCAGGAUGAGUCGCUGUGCUGGAGGAGCUCUGGUGCGAGCACAAGCUGCCACAGAACAGUCCUACAUGGAGAGUGUAGUCACCUUCCUGCAAGAUGUAGUUCCUCAGGCUUACACUGGUGCUCUGCAGACGGACGAAAAGGAGAAAAUCAUUUGGGUUCGAUUUGAGAAGGCUGACAUCAAUGACUCUGCACGGAACCCUGAGUUCAUGGAGAUGCACGGUGGAGCCACAGACCCUCCCCUCUGUCUCAUGAUUGGCUACACUGAUGGCAUUCAGAUUUGGAGCAUAUCUAUCCUUGCAAAAAACUAGUCCUUUUCCAAAAUCGCACGAUGAGAUUCAUGACUGACAAAAUCAUGCGACCUGAAGACCUUCUUAGUGCAAGCUCACUCCCAUCACUUCCACAAUGAAAUCCAACAUCUUGAAGCCCUACGGUCGCACCAAACGCUCUACUCAAGAGA